AUGUGUAGACAUGAGGGAAGCAAACCAGGCAAUCAAAAGAGAGACACACAAUGCCAACUUUACAAGAUUUUAAAGGCUGAGGUAAAUGGAGCAAAAUUCUUCUCAAAGAUUGACCUAAAGCAAGCAUAUCACCAGCUCGAAUUACACCCAGACAGUCGAUUCAUUACAACGUUUUCUACCCACGAAGGACUGUUCCGAGAUAUCCAAAAUGUGCUACAACAAAACCUUAGCGAUAUCAGAGGAGUGAAAAACCUGGUGGAUGGUAUUAUUAUUCAUGGUAAAACCUGAAAGUCACACGAUGAAGCACUAGAGAACUGUGUAAAACGGCUAGCAGCACUAAACUUGAAAGUGAAAGGGGAAAAAUGUGAAUUUCUACAAGAUGAAAUUACGUUCUUUGGAUUAAAAUUUACAGCAGCAGGAACCAAACCAGAUCCAGAGAGAAUUGAGAACAUGGUUAGAGUACCAGCUCCCAAAACUGCUCGAGAAGUUAGAAGUUUUCUGGGAAUGGCCAACACUUGCCACGAAUUAUGCAACUAUUACAGCACCUCCUAAGAGAACUAACCAAGAAAAACAUUGCGUUUAAGAGGGAAAAUAGACAACAGAAAGCAUUUGAGUAACUGAAAAAGAAACUAACAAGUACCCCAUAAAGUUAUGGCAUAUUUCGAUACAAGGAAACGAAGUCUAGUAAUCGUAGAUGGCUCCCCUUAUGGAAUUAAUGCAAUACUAGCACAGAAAGAACAUCACAGCCAGCAGUACAAAAUCCUUUCAUAUGCAAGCAGAGCACUCAGCCCAGUUGAGACAAGAUACUCUAGGCGUACCGGGCAGUUUUUUGGGCAGUCGGGCAAUAUUCGAUCAACAGUCGGGCAAUUUUGGUUUUCAAUAAAAAAAAUGGGACAAAUUCUGUCAAUUUUGUCCAAAAUGGAGUCAAUUUUUUGGUAAAUUUUGUGAUUUUUCGAAAAUUUGUGUGAAGUUCCGAAAAAUAUUGGUUGUCCGGAAAAUGUUUUUGACCCCUAAAAUGGUACACUUACCGAAAUUGUUUUGGUACUAGUCGGGCAGAAUCCCGAAAAGUCGGGCAAUUUUCUUUCCGCCCCCCUAAUUUGUUCCUUCCGGUACGCCCAUGCAGAUAUUGAAGGACUUAGCUUAGUAUGGGGAAUUGAGCAUUUUCGAAUGUUCUUGAUUGGAUCAGAAUUCGAUGUGAUAACUGAUCAUAAAGCAUUAGAAUCUAUAUUCAAUAACCCAAGAUCCAGACCACCAGCCCGAAUCGAGAGAUGGAUGAUGCGAUUACAACCAUUCAACUUCAAAGUCAUUUACCGCAAAGGAUCCUUAAACGAAGCUGACUACUUAAGUCGACAUCAAGCUGUCAUAGAGAGAGAACAAAUAACUAGUGCAUCAGCAGAAGAAUAUGUGAACUAUGUAACUAACUGUUCAGUUCCAAAGUCAAUGACACUUGACGAGAUUAAAAAAGAAACCCAUAACGAUCCAGUAUUACAAAAAGUUAAGAAAUGUCUGGAAGAGGGAAAAUGGGAUGAGAACGAUCUUGAUCUUAAACCGUUUAGACUUUGCGCCGACGAACUUACGUACAAUGCAUCAGCAGGUAUACUGUUGAAGAACACACGGCUGGUCAUUCCAACAGCAUUACAAGAAAGAGCAACAAAAUUAGGUCAUAUUGGGCAUCAGGGAAUUGAGAAAACGAAAAGCCUACUACGCGAAAAUAUCUGGUACCUAAAUAUGGACAAACGAGUGAAAGAAAUGGUAGACAAAUGCAUUCCUUGCCAAUCAGUAGCUAGGUCACGGUAA